UUGGCCGAACGAGUUGCGGCAGCAGGGGCGGCAGCGACGGAGAGCCGCCGGGCGCCGCGUUUGCCGCCCACGACGGAUGCGAAAGGGAGCGCGCGCUGCCUCGUGUUCGCGGCGGCGCGCUCACUGCAGGCCGAGCGAAGUAGGGCGGGAGCGGUGCGGUACUGGUACUGCCGGUACUGGACCAGCAUGGCUUCCCUGACACAGCGCAGCUCCGGCCUGGUGCAGCGGAGGACCGAGGCUUCCCGAAGCGCCGCCGCCGCCGCUGCCGCCGCCGCCGACAAGGAGCGCGAGUCCGGCGACGAAGACGCGCAGAGCCGCCGCGGGGACGAGCAGGACGACGGUGACCGCGGGGACUCGAAGGAGGCGCGGCUGACGCUCAUGGAGGAGGUGCUGCUGCUGGGCCUCAAGGACCGAGAGGGCUACACGUCCUUCUGGAACGACUGCAUCUCGUCGGGGCUGCGCGGCUGCAUGCUCAUCGAGCUGGGCCUGCGGGGCCGACUGCAGCUGGAGGCCUGCGGCGUGAGGAGGAAGAGUCUCCUCGCCCGGAAGGUGAUCUGCAAGUCGGAUGCGCCGACGGGGGACGUCCUGCUGGACGAAGCGCUGAAGCACAUUAAGGAGACACAGCCCCCCGAGACGGUGCAGAGCUGGAUCGAGCUGCUCAGCGGCGAGACGUGGAACCCGCUGAAGCUGCACUACCAGCUGAGGAACGUGCGCGAGCGCCUGGCCAAGAACCUCGUGGAGAAGGGCGUCCUCACCACGGAGAAGCAGAACUUCCUGCUCUUCGACAUGACCACGCACCCGCUGACCAACGGCGACGUCAAGCGGCGCCUCGUCCGUCGGGUGCAGGAGGCCGUGCUGGACAGGUGGGCCAACGACCCGCAGCGCAUGGACAAGCGGCUGCUGGCGCUCGUCUUCCUGGCGCACUCGUCCGACGUGCUGGAGAACGCCUUCGCCCCGCUGCUGGACGACCAGUACGACCUGGCCAUGAAGAGGGUGCGCCAGCUGCUGGACUCGGAGCCCGAGGCGGAGAGCGCGAAGCCCAACGCCAACGAGCUCCUCUGGGCCGUGGUGGCGGCUUUCACCAAAUGAAGGUCCUCGAACCCCGGACCCGCGGCGCGUCUCCUCUGCCGUUCGGCCGGAGGAACCGAGUUCGGCCUCCCGCCGCGCCGCACCGCGCCGCGCCGCUCCUACGAACGCUCCGGCGUCUCGAUCCCUCUGCGUCGAGAUCCCGCCCUCACCCGGACUGACGAAUUUUUCCGUUCCGAUCUUGCCUCCGGAGCCUUUUUCUGGGAGAGAUGGGUUUAUUUUUCUUUAUGGAAACAUUUCUUUCGGCGUGCGCGUUGUACACCGAAACCUUCUGUGUGGCCGUGUUCCCCUUUUGAAUGAUAAAACACUAAUAAAUAUCUCCACCCCUUAUUGCCAUAUUUGCACGCUGUUUCAGCGACACAAGGAUUUAAUAUUUUCUCACUCAUAGGCAUCUCCCACUUAUGCCUUCUGCUUCAGUUAGCCUUUCGUUCAAACUUUUCACAUAUUCAUUUGCUGCCCGAUACUGCUUUUCCAUCUAGGGGUCGGAGCUGCUGCCUUCGAGCCUAAAGGACACUGGUUCAGAUCCUGUCUACCGCUGCGGUACCCUUGAGCCUGGUACAUACCCUGAAUUGCUCCAGUUAAAUUACCCA